UCUCAGGAGAGGCCGAAAAAGACAAGAACAAAAGGCCCAUUUCACACCUGCCGCGAAGCCCCCUCCGCGCCGCCUAUAUAAAGUCUCCCGUCCGCUAGGGUUUCUCCUCGUUCGCAGCCGCCUCACUUCUCCCAGGUAAGGAAAGGGUCCAUCCUCAUGGCGCCGUCGCAGCCGAAGUCGGGGCUCUUCGUGGGCAUCAACAAGGGCCACGUCGUCACCAAGCGCGAGCUGCCGCCGCGCCCGUCCGACCGCAAGGGGAAAGCAACCAAGAGGGUGUCCUUUGUCAGGAGCUUGAUCAGGGAGGUUGCUGGGUUUGCUCCUUAUGAGAAGCGUAUCACUGAGCUUCUCAAAGUUGGCAAGGACAAGCGUGCACUGAAGGUGGCCAAGAGGAAGCUUGGAACUCACAAGAGGGCUAAGAAGAAGAGAGAGGAGAUGGCUAAUGUCCUCAGGAAGAUGAGAUCGGCCGGUACUCACACCGAGAAGAAGAAAUAGAGUAUCUCAAAGUCCGUGACGUUGAUGGCAAUAUCCUGCUGUGGUGUCAGUUUUUCCUACUUGUAGAACCUAAUAGGCUCGGCAGAUCUGUCAUCGAAACAUUAUGAUGUUAGUUAUGUGUCCGAACCACCUCAUUAAAAAAUUUUAUCCAACCUGGAAUGCAUGAUUUGUCUAUUUUUGCUUC